AAAAUAUAAAAAAAGACUCACACUCAUAUACUUUAAAUCACCGCCAAAACAAAAACAAAAAAAACCAUGGGUUUCGAAAGGCUCGGAGUCGGGUCAGACCCGGGAGGCUCGUCGCGGCAUUACCUAAACCAACCAGAAGACGCGGAGGCAACCGCCAAUCUCCGCGGCGGAGGAAGAAAGAAGAAGAUUAUCCUCCUCUCCUUAUUAGCAGUCACUCUGAUCAUCGCCUCCGCCGUGUCCGCCACGCUGCUCCUACUCAGAAACGGGUCGGGUUCGAUCGGGUCCCCGGUUCACAAACCGACCCGUGCGAUUUCGCAGGCUUGCAGCAAGACCCUGUACCCGGCUCUGUGCGUGAACUCGCUGAUGGAGUUUCCGGGUUCGCUCACCGCGUCGGAGAAGGACCUGGUCCACAUUUCGUUCAACAUGACGCUGCAGCACUUCAGCAAGGCGCUCUACGUCGCCUCCGAGAUCAGCUACGUCCAAAUGGACACGCGCGUACGCGCCGCCUACGACGACUGCAUCGAGCUCCUCGACGACUCCAUCGACGCGCUCUCACGCGCCCUCUUCUCGGUCUCUCCGUCCCCUUCUCCUUCCUCCUCCGCCCCCGCCUCGACCCAAGACGUGCUGACGUGGCUCAGCGCCGCGCUGACGAACCAGGACACGUGUACGGACGGGUUCUCGGACCAAACCGGGUCGGUCAAGAACCAGAUUUCGGACAGGCUGAAAGACUUAUCGGAGCUGGUCAGCAACUGUCUGGCGAUAUUUUCAGCGAGCGAGAGUGACGAGUUCGGCGGAGUUCCGAUACAGAACAGGCGAAGAUUGUUGGGAUUCGAAUCCGAUAUUUCGGGUGAGAAUGCCGAUGGCUUGCCGAGAUGGCUGAGCCGAAAAGAGAGAGAGUUGUUGAGUUUACCGGCAGCGGCGAUACAGGCCGAUAUUGUUGUGUCGAAGAAUGGGGAUGGUACGUACAAGACAAUAGCCGAGGCGAUUAAACAUGCGCCUGAGAACAGUAAUCGGCGAACAAUUAUUUACGUGAAGGCAGGAAGGUAUGAAGAGAAUAACUUGAAGGUGGGAAGGAAGAAGAAGAACUUGAUGUUUAUAGGAGAUGGGAGGGGCAUAACGGUCAUUUCGGGUUCUAAAAAUGUUGGCCAAAAGAUAACGACAUUUCACACGGCAUCAUUCGCGGCAACGGGAGCUGGUUUUAUCGCACGAGACAUGACGUUUGAGAAUUCAGCUGGACCAGGCAAGCACCAGGCUGUGGCACUCCGAGUUGGUGCAGACCACAGCGUGGUCUAUCGGUGCAACAUCAUUGGCUACCAAGACACACUCUAUGUGCACUCCAAUCGUCAAUUCUUUCGAGAAUGCGACGUCUAUGGCACCGUAGAUUUCAUAUUUGGCAACGCAGCCGUAGUGUUUCAAAACUGCAGCCUCUAUGCUCGCAAGCCAAUGCCCUCACAGAAGAACACAAUCACUGCCCAAAAUCGAAAAGACCCAAAUCAAAACACAGGCAUUUCAAUCCACAGAUGCCGAAUCCUCCCCGACUCGGAUCUCAGACCAUCCAUAGGUAGCUUCCCAACAUAUCUAGGUCGUCCGUGGAAGAUGUACUCUAGGGUUGUGUACAUGAUAUCCUACAUUGAUAACCAUGUACACCCACGAGGCUGGCUAGAGUGGAAUGCAACAUCGUCUGUGAACUCACUCUAUUAUGGUGAAUACAUGAAUUUUGGUCCAGGUGCAGCAGUAGGGCAACGUGUUAAAUGGCCAGGGUACAGAGUUAUUACAUCGACGGUGGAGGCAAGCAGGUUCACUGUGGCACAGUUUAUUUAUGGUUCAUCAUGGUUACCAUCUACUGGAGUAGCAUUUGUUGCUGGGCUUUCAGAGUAAUUAAUUUACAGUUUAACUUAUAGUUGAUAUAGGUGGUAUUAUUUUUAAUUUGCAAUUGUAUGAAAUAUAUAUAUAUAUGUAUAAGUUUCUGAUUUUUAUUUUAUUUUAUAUAUAUAUUGGAAUAAUUAUUAGAAUUUUGUCAUUGUUUUUUUCUGUCACUUCUGUUGGUUUAACUCAAAGAUGUAAUAGAAGCUACAGAUUAUAAUUAUUCAAUAGCUUAAUAGAUUUUGUCUUAAACUA